GACAAACCGAACAUAUAAGAAGGAAACCAGAGAUCUGGUGCUAUUAUAUCCCCAAGUCUAAGGGAACGAAUAAGCACAAAAUUAAAAGCAUUCUUCAGCCUGAAUUUUUAAGGGGUGCAUUUAGGAACUAGGCAAGCUGAUUUAUGAUAACCAAGUUUUAAACUCCAACAACCAAAGGCAUAACAAUUAAGAGCUGCUGACAUUUCAAUAUGAAGGGCAACUUCACCUUUGCCACCCUCAGCAAAAACAGUACCAGCAGACUUCACUUUGGACUUGUGAACAUCUCUGGCAAUGAGUCUACCAUUAACUGCUCACAUAAGCCAUCAGAUAAGCAUUUAGAUGCCAUUCCUAUUCUCUACUACAUGAUUUUUGUGAUUGGAUUUCUUGUCAAUACUAUUGUGGUUACACUGUUUUGUUGUCAAAAGGGUCCUAAGAAGGUUUCCAGCAUUUACAUCUUCAACCUGGCCGUAGCUGACUUACUGCUUUUGGCAACACUUCCUCUCUGGGCAACCUAUUAUUCUUACAGAUAUGACUGGCUCUUUGGACCUGUGAUGUGCAAAGUUUUUGGUUCUUUCCUGACCCUGAACAUGUUUGCAAGCAUUUUUUUUAUCACGUGCAUGAGUGUUGAUAGGUACCAAUCUGUCAUCUACCCCUUUCUGUCUCAAAGAAGAAAUCCCUGGCAAGCAUCUUAUAUAGUUCCCCUUGUUUGGUGUAUGGCCUGUUUGUCCUCAUUGCCAACAUUUUAUUUCCGAGAUGUCAGAACCAUUGAAUAUUUAGGAGUGAAUGCUUGUGUUAUGGCCUUCCCACCUGAGAAAUAUGCCCAGUGGUCAGCUGGGAUUGCCUUAAUGAAAAAUAUCCUUGGUUUUAUUAUCCCUUUAAUAUUCAUAGCAACAUGCUAUUUUGCAAUCCGGAAACACUUACUGAAGACCAAUAGCUAUGGGAAGAACAGAGUAACUCGUGACCAAGUCCUGAAGAUGGCAGCUGCUGUUGUUCUGGCAUUCAUCAUUUGUUGGCUUCCCUUCCACGUUCUGACCUUCCUGGAUGCUCUGGCCUGGAUGGGUGUCAUUAAUAGCUGUGAAGCUAUAGCAGUCAUUGACCUGGCACUUCCUUUUGCCAUCCUCCUGGGAUUCACCAACAGCUGCAUUAAUCCCUUUUUGUAUUGUUUUGUUGGAAACCGGUUCCAACAGAAACUCCGCCGUGUGUUCAGGGUUCCAAUCACUUGGCUCCAAGGCAAGAGAGAGAGUGUGUCAUGCCAAAAAAGCAUUUCCCUUCGAGAAAUGGAGACCUUUGUGUCUUAAACAUGAGAGUGGAAUGCAUGUUAUCAGCAUGGCUACUUGGUAUGAGGGCCCCUUGGCUUAUCUUUUAAUGGCUUGAGUAAAAUAAUCAGUUUCCCUGCAGGAAAUCUUUUCUCACUCUUCUAGAGCAGCAAACCAAAUGGAACAGUAAGUUUUAUCCUCCAGUGACUUUCAGAAAUUGCCCAUGUUCUUUUCUGGUCUAGCAAUACAAGACUGUCACUGGAGAGAUACAUUCAUAACCUAGACGUAACUGGACAUUUAUUUCAAUUUAUAAUUAACAACAAAAUGUGAAUGAUAAUUUGGGGUUCUAGAUUUCUCUUUGACAAAUGCUGGAGUUUUUCAGAUUGGUUUUUAUAUCCAUUUGCAUAAGGCUUUCCUCUUGAACUGAGGCCAGUCUUUAAACUUGCUGCAUUAUUUACAGGAUGUCAUGCUACGAGACAUCAGCACUUCUAAGUAAGGUAUAUGACAAUACAUUGGUACCAGAUUAUUCAGGCUCUAGGAAUAUACCUUCUAACUUUAAAAAAUAUUAUGGAUAAUCUUUUUUAUAUUUAACUUGAGCAUAGAGGUUUAUAUUUAAGAUAUUGCUACAUAUUGAGUAGGGCUAGUAAUAUAGGUUAGAUCACAGGUACUCUUAGAUUUUACCCUGUUUUUACAGUUAUAGAAAGUAAAAUAUAUAGUAACACAGAUUUGUAACUAACAAAUAUUUGAGUGUUCACUAACCCUGAAUAAACAUUUUUUAACUUUCUAUCCAUUUUAACUUGUUUGAAGGUUUCUAUAUUCUCUGAUAAUUUUUUAGAAACACUAACUAAACACUGUGUAGUGUUAUAAAAUGUAAAGGUCAGUUUUAACAUCCUUGACCUUUUGGAUGUGGUACUUUGAUGUAUAGGAAGUUGACUUGACUUUUAUUAUUGAUGCUUUGGUUCUGGGUGGCUUCUUUAACUUUUUAAUUUGUAAUAAAACCUUAACUGGCAUAGAAAAAAAGUUAUGCCAGAGUGGAAUUUUCAUGUCCAGGGAGACAAGAGAUCUAGCAAAUGACAAGUUUGGUGUCAUGCAAAAAACUUGCCUGUCAGGGCAGUGCAGCAUGGCUUUGAAAAUAUAGAACAUGGGGUAGACUUAACCUGUACCUACAGAUACAGUUUGCUCCAGAAUUUAUAGGAUUCUAUGGAACUCUUUAAAGCCAAUCACUGGUUUACAGAUCUCCUUCUCAAUAUUAUUAGAACUCCUAAGUUAGAGGAGUACCUGAAACUGAUUGAGUUUACUUAGAGUAUGAAUCCUAAUUUUAGAAGUUAGAGAUUUCAUUCUUACCAGCCCCAUAUUAUACCAGGUUAUCCAGGAUCUUUCUGGACGAAUACUGACCUCUGAGGUAGAAAUAAAGUUUCAGAGGCUUAGUGUCUCUGCUACAUCCCAGGGCUAUAGGUUGAAGAAUCCUCUAGUUCCGUUUUCUGGGAAUGUCCUAAUUUAGGUAAUCUAUUAUUAUCAAUAAAAACAAAUAGCUAAAUGUAUAACCAAC